AUAUUCUAAAAUAGAUGAACUAAACAAGCCUUUACUAUCAAUGUUUCGCUUUCGUACCUACUUCGGAAAAACUUACUGCGGAAAAAAAUUUAUUUACUUCACUUUGCUCGCUCACACACUCGUGCACCAUAAAUUAUCAGCUCUUCAUGACUUGUUUCAUGCUUUUGAUUCCACGGAUGACUUUCUAAAUAAAUAAAUAAAACUUCAAUUUUUAUUACUUUUUUCAAGCGUCGAAUUAGGAAAGAGAUUAUGAUGUGUGUUAAAAGCUUCAGACGAUUAUGUAUAAAUUGUUAGAUGCACACCCUAGAAGCCAACCGUAGAAUAAAUAUAUUCAUUAAUGCGUAGAAACAAAAUGAGAUAACGAAUUUUCUUCAAUUGUUAGAUGCAUACCCUAGAAGCUUAAAUCGUUUUUAAGCUGUUUUAUUCAAAACAAUUAAUGCGUAGUAACAAAAUGAGAUAACGAAUGGACUUUCGAAAGAGGCCCAUCCGUAGAAUAAAUAUACGUUUCCUCAACGUUUCCAAAAGAUGUGGAGGAUAGGAAAUCACCCAAUACUUUACUCUCCAAAAAUAAUAAUAAUAAUAAUAAAUGUCUCCUGAAUAUUUUGAAGUUUUUGAAUUUUCUUCUUCAAUUAUACGCUAAUGUUUUAGAGCAUGUUUCUUUCAAAAUCUGGAUUCUCUGAUAAGCAUUCAUGAGAUAAUCACCCUUUUUUAGUUCUAAUUUUGGGUUCUCUCUUUGACUACUCGGCAACAAAUUUUGAGAUGUUAAUUACUAUAAUACAUACUGAAUUUACAUUUUACAGGUCAAUAGAAUGAAUCAUUACUACUCAAGUCAAAUUUCAUUGUAGAAACUUCGGAGUCAUGUAAUUUCCUCGUGUUUUAUCUGAUCUUCAAUUUUGAUUCGUGAAUAUAGUACGUACUAGUCUUCAUAAAUGAAGUGAAUAUAUCCAACAUCUACUCAUUCUUUUCUCUUCAAAUAGCUGGUUUUUUCAGAAUAGAUCAGCAUAAUUCGUUUGCUUUAACUUCAGUAACUUCUUUCUUUUCUCGUUGCUGUAACAUAAUAUUCUCCCUGAACAAAACUAUAAGAUCGAGCUAUCUUCUUCCAAUAAUUCGGCGAUGGCUGAAGGUGACCGCAGUAAUUCUGAGUCUUCCAGAAUAGAUGUACCAGCGAUCGAACCAAGAAAUGCGCCAUCCGAGAUCACCAAUGGGGAAACUAACAGAUGCAAGAUUUUCAAAGUUCGGGAUCAAACUAUCCACGAGAACAGCAUCGACUCCUUCAAGCCAAAAAUUCUAUCUAUCGGUCCAUAUCACCACGGAUCUUCACGUCUAAGAGGCAUGGAAACGUGGAAGCGGGAUUGUCGACGUUACAUCCUUGGUCGCAUUAGUGAGAGCGACUACAAUACAGUGGAAAUUAAGGAACUAGUAAAGAAAGCAAGAAGCGUUUACAGCGAGAAUAUCACAAUGGAACCGAACAAGUUUGCCGACAUGCUCUUGCUUGACGGAUGCUUCGUGCUCGCUUUUCUCACGGAGAUAAAAGGCAAGAGCGUUGAAAACGAACCCAGCGAAACUGGUAUGAUCGGUGGUUCUCAAGGAACCACUUCGAGCGAUACCACGGGGCACACGGGGGGAGGUCAAUGGCAAGAUGACCGCCACCAGGAUGAAGCGAUUAUAAGGGAAGACACAGUGCGUGACCUAUUAUUCCUGCUCGACAACCAAAUUCCUUUCUUCGUCAUCGAGGAAAUACAUAAGCUAGCUGUAGGUGAAGGAGAAACAACCGAAACACUUAAGAAAAACAUCGCUAAAUAUGUGGAAGGUGUGCUACACCACUACCCGAAGGCGAUCGAAAUCCCCGCGAUCUGUUCGAAUGACUUUCACCAUCUGCUGCACUUGUGCCAUAUGUUCUUUCGACCUAGUCAAAAGCCUGAGAAGCGCAACGGCAAUCGAGCAGCGACGAACCAAGCAAUGUGGCACCGAGCAAUGCAAUACCGCGAAGCAGGAGUCGAGUUCAGAGUAAAGGACUCUUCGACUCCCCAUUCUCUUUUGGACGUGACGUUCAGCAAUGGGACAAUGGAAAUUCCACACCUGUCUAUUGACGGGAAAACGGAAUCUAUUUUCAGUAACCUUCUCUUGUUUGAGCAAGGGUGUUCUCAUACUGGGAGAUAUAUAAAUGCGUACGUCGCUUUCAUGUCGCAGCUUCUCAGCGAUGCCGAUGAUGUUAAAUUACUUGCUCGUGAAAACAUCGUUCAGAUAUUGAAUCACGAGGAAGAGGCUCUAAAUAUUUUCCGCAGGCUUAACGGGUUGGCUAUUGUCGAUCGCUGCGGGAAGGACUACUAUUUAACAUCUACGUUUCAGUCGGUGGAAGCACACUACCGUUGCCGUUUUAAUUGGUGGAUGGCAUGGUUGAAGCACAAUCACCUAACGAAUCCGUGCGUGGCCGUUGCAGCGCUCUUAGGUCUUACAGCCCUUCUCUGCACUAUAAUUCAACAGUUGCUUUCUAUUUUGGCGCAUUUCAAAGUGGUACAUUAACCGUCGUCGGUAUUAUUUGUUUCUUCAAUCUAGUUUACCCAGAUCAGUUUGUUUUGAGUUUGUCUAUUUUCUACUUAUGCUUAUUCAUGUUAUGCAUGUGACAAUUUGUAAAUGUUUGUUUCCAGCAUCAUUUCAUAAAAACUUAUAUUCUUGGAAGAUCAUAUUUGA